GGGAGUCAGGUUGGACAUCUGCAUGUGCCUGUGAAAGGCAGAGAUCUUUGUUGUCUUUACUCUGUCAGCUUUUUAGUCUCUCUGCAGGAAGACAAUUAGCACAUCAGCCAUCAGAAGUCCUCUCUGCAAACUUUCUUCAAUAUCUGGUUCCUGCAGCUCCCCAAACAUGCACAGCAGCUCCUGCUACAUCCUUUUCCUGCUUCUCCUGGCUUCUGACUGCAUGGACUCAGUAAGAGGUUUGUUUCCCUUUGGGCAACCUGAAUUUUCUUACAAGAGGAGCAACUGCAAGCCUAUUCCUGCUACCUUACUCCUGUGCCAUGACAUUGAGUAUCCCAACAUGAGGUUGCCCAAUCUUCUGGGACAUGAAACCAUGAAGGAGGUCCUGCAGCAGGCGUCUUCCUGGAUCCCCUUGGUGCAAAAGCAAUGCCACCGAGACACCAAAAAGUUCCUGUGCUCUCUCUUUGCCCCUGUCUGUAUUGAUGACCUGGAUGAGACCAUUAAACCCUGCCGGUCUCUGUGUGAGCAGGUGAGGGACAGCUGUGCACCCGUCAUGUCUGCAUUUGGCUUUCCAUGGCCAGAUAUGCUAGAAUGCAGCCGGUUCCCCCAGGACAACGAUCUGUGCAUCCCACCAGCCAACAACGAUCAUAUCACACCAGCUACCAGAGAAGCACCAAAAGUUUGCGACGCCUGUAAAAACAGCAACGAGGAUGACAAUGACAUUGUAGAAAAUCUCUGCAAAAAUGAUUUCGCCUUGAAGAUAAAAGUGAAGGAGAUCGCCUAUAUCAAUGGGGACACCAAAAUCAUCCCAGAGACAAAGAGCAAAACCAUUUACAAGCUGAAUGGAGUGACAGAAAGGGAUCUGAAGAAAACUGUGUUGUGGCUUAAAGAUGGCCUGCAGUGUACCUGUGAUGAAAUGAAUGACAUCAACGCUCCCUAUUUAGUAAUGGGACAAAAGCUUGGCGGGGAGCUGGUCAUUACCUCAGUCAAGCGGUGGCAAAAAGGCCAAAGGGAAUUCAAGAGGAUCUCCCGCAGUAUUCGCAAGCUACAGUGCUAGUUGGCUCAAUCAUUAACUCUUCUGGCACUGGGGCUAAUCUUUUAUUUUGCACCUUCUUCCCUUUUGGGAACCCAUCCUUAAAGAAAUAUAGCAAAAGGCGUGGGUUAAUGGCUUUUUUUAUUAUAAUUAUUAUUAUUAUAAAAUAAAUGCUUGUAAAUAUAAUGAAAAUAAAAACAUACAAAAAAUAUUUUUAUGAAACCCAUUAAAGUAAUAGAUAUUUACUCAGUAAAAACUCUGACUUUUAAUACAACCUUGUUCUUUUUGUUCUUUUACAAGUAAUGUUGGUGUUUUUUUAGAAUUAUACAUAAGACCAAUUGGUAUGUAUAAUGUGAACUAUUAUCUCAGAAUGUUUAUACAUUUUUUAUAUAUGGACAGUCUUUUUUUACUAUAACAAAAUGUCUGUAUCUUAUUGUCUCAUAAUUAAUAUUCACUGUACUCUACCAGAUAAAUUAAUUAAAUGAUACUCAAGAACACAACUAUGAAUAUAAAAUUGUUAUUCCCUAUUAAUGGAAGUAAACUAGUUACUAGACUUUCACAUAUUCAUGAAACCAAUUAAAAUUUAUGAUAUCGUAAAAAUCAUAAAAAGUUCUAAAUAAUUUAAAAAGUAGCUUCACUGUAGAAUGGAUAAUUGUAAUGGGAAAAUCAGCACAAAAAGUCAGUUGAUUUAUGGUUCAAUGAAUUCAUUUUUAGAAAUUUAUUGUACAAACUCAAUUAAAACCAAAAUAGCUAUUUUCUAUGCCAGAUUCUACUUUGCUUCUACUUGUUAUGUAAAUCAGUACAUGCUCGGUUGCUGUAUUGCAGCUUGCCAUAAAGCAAAUUCCAUGUGCAUUCAAAUUCUUGACGCCAUGUUUUUAGCUUUUUGUAAUAUAUGCAAUGGAGUAUCCGAAAGAGUUGUAAAAUAUUGCUUUGGAUGUUAUUGUAAAUAAAUAAGAUAAGACACUCUAUAUUCUUGUAUAUAAACCAAAAGAGUGUGUCUCUCCCACAUCAUCAUUUUAAUUGAAAUGUUAUACUACGAAAUACCAGAACUGGUUUAUCAUUCAAAGCCCCAGCUAAUUCAAUACCGAUUGUUAUGUUUUUUCUUUAUUCAUUUUGUAUAGACACUGCAAUUUAAUCGUACAUCUAAAUAAACGUCUUAAUAAC